AUAUCAAUAUAUAUCGAAAUAUUAUAAUAGUAUUGUGCGUGUGUUUGUUUCAAUUGGUACUCGCUGCAAAAUUCAUUCGUUUUGGUUCAGAAUAGUAUGCGAAUUAGUUCACAGUGGAUUCAACGCAUAAAAUGGCCGUUGGACCGACGGAGGGCAAACAGCCGCCCACAGAGACAUUCUCGCCCACACAUCACCAGAUUAUAGCACCCAGUCCGAUAUUGGCUGUGCCGACGCUCGCCUUCUCCGCGGCCCAGGUGGAAAUCGUAUGCAAAACUCUGGAGGAUUCCGGCGAUAUUGAGCGCUUGGCACGUUUCCUAUGGAGUCUGCCAGUGGCACUGCCCAACAUGCACGAGAUACUCAACUGCGAGGCGGUGCUCCGUGCUCGGGCGGUUGUCGCCUAUCACGUUGGCAACUUCAGGGAACUAUAUGCAAUAAUAGAGAAUCAUAAAUUUACUAAAGCCUCCUAUGGCAAGCUGCAAGCGAUGUGGCUGGAGGCGCACUACAUUGAGGCAGAGAAGCUGCGAGGACGCUCGCUAGGCCCCGUGGACAAAUAUCGCGUACGCAAAAAGUUUCCAUUGCCGCCCACAAUUUGGGAUGGGGAGCAGAAGACGCACUGUUUCAAGGAGCGAACGAGAAGCUUGCUGCGCGAGUGGUACCUACAGGAUCCCUAUCCGAAUCCAACCAAGAAACGCGAACUGGCCAAGGCGACGGGCUUGAAUCCCACGCAAGUGGGCAAUUGGUUCAAGAAUCGAAGACAACGCGAUCGUGCCGCUGCUGCCAAGAAUCGCAUACAGCACAAUCAGAACAAUUCGGGCAUGGGCUGUCGCAGCCGUCGGGCGGAUGGUGUCGCCUCGCCAACACCUUCGGAUAGUUCCGACUCGGAUAUAUCGCUGGGCACGCAUUCGCCGGUGCCGAGCAGCCUGCAGCUGCAGCACAGUCCCGGGAGCAUGUCGAACGGGGCCAAUGGCGAGGAGAGCCUCAGUGUGGACGAUGAUAAGCCGAGAGAUUUGAGCAGCGCGCUGCCCUCGCCUACGCCGCCUCAGCUGCCGUCGGCAUAUGGAGCGAGUGGUGGGGGUGGUGGUGUUGGUGCUGGUGGCUUGCCUGCCGGCUGCUUGCCGCCGUUUAAGCUGGAUGCGGCGAGCAGCCUGUUUAAUGCCGGCUGCUACCUGCAAAGCUUUAGCAACCUGAAGGAGAUGUCCCAACAGUUUCCCAUACAGCCAAUUGUUAUUAGGCCGCAUCCGCAGCUGCCGCAACCGUUGGCGCUCAAUGGCAAUCUGCAUCAUCCGGCGUAUGCGGCUGCCUAUAGUGUUGAGUGUACUGUUACUGCACCACCACCGCCACCACCAUCAGCACCAGCACCGCCCAAGCUGCGCAUCAAUUCACCGGAGAAACUCAACUCGACGGCGGUGGCAGCUGCAGCAGCAGCCGUUGCCGCGGCCCACGAGAUCAACAAUAGCAGCAACAACAACAAUAAUCACACCAGCACCACCAACAGCGGCACCACCACGGUCUAUCAUCCAAGCGCACAGCUGCUGCUCCAUCGUCCCUUCUCCACAUCGCCCGAGCUGAAGCAUAGCGCACCAGAGAUCACAUGAUAUCAGCGGGUCUAAGGCUGAACCUGCACGCCUUGCUCGAAGGGUUUCUAUCUCCACGGUUCCAGCUCCCAGCUCCCAGCUCCACUAAGGCCCAGCUAUACGAAUUGUUUCAAUUUUUCUAAGUUUAAGUCAGCAAUAAUAAAAAAGAAAAAGAAAAUGAAA